AUGGCUCCAUUACGUGGACAAGUUGAGCGUGAGAUUCCUGGUUUUGGAAAAUUAAAGGGAAAUACCUUCGAUGGUGGUGUUUGCCAGUUCAUGGGUAUCCCAUACGGUGAACUUGCAAAGAGAUGGACCCGAGCAACGUUACUGACCAGCUGGAAAGACAACUUUCACGACGGAACCGUAUUAGGUCCCUGUACACCUGUUCCCCACUUUGGUGGAUUGGAAACAGGUGAUAUUAUCACCCCAGUGUAUCAGUUUGAUCACUACAAGAGACCAUUUGUUACCGACGAGCGUCAUGCUUUGGUGUUGAACAUUGCGACAGGCCCAGUAGCUGAAAAAAAGAAUCCAGUUUUCGUUUUCAUCCAUGGAGGCGCUUGGGUUAAUGGUACAAGCAAUUUGAGUAUUUACGAUGGUGUGAGACUAGUGCAAAAGUCUAUUGCUGAAAAGAAACCAAUCGUCGUUGUUACUCUCAACUACCGGUGUGGUAUUAGUGGAUUCUUAGCAAGUGACCUAAUUGAGAAAGAAUUGAGGGAGGAUGGAUUCUUUGGGAAUGGAAAUUUCGCUCUAACUGAUCAGGCUUUGGCCUUGGAUUGGUUAAACAAGAACAUUCACUUAUUUGGCGGAGAUGCUGAGAACAUCACCUUAUGUGGAGAGAGUGCUGGUGCUUGCUCGGUGAGUAACCACAUUUUCAGCAACAUUAAUCCAAAAUUCAAGCGUGCAAUGGCAAUGUCUGGGCUCAGUGGUACCAUUCCAGCAUAUCCCAAGUCCUACCAUGAAAAGCACUUCCAAAUGCUUCUCAAGUAUUACAAUAUCGCCAACGACGAGCAUGCUUUGGAAAAGUUGAGAGAGAUUCCCGAGGUAGACAUGGCCUUGGCCACAAGUGCAAUUGAAGAAACAAGCAGGCCAACAACAGGAAAUCCAUGUAUUGAUGGCUGGUACUUGGAUUACAACCUCAACUUUACCAAUUUCGUGGAGCCUCCUGAGUGGCUUGAGAGCCUUGUCAUUGGUAAUACCAAAGAUGAAGGUCUCUUGUUCUUCCCACACUACACUGGACUUACAUAUGACAAGCUCCUCGAGCAUUUUGACAAAUUUGUGCCUAGGUCUGUCAGCGAGAUCUUCCUUUCAUUGUAUGAAAUCACACCUGAAAGUUCUUUAGAAGACAUUAACUGGAAUGUGAGCAAACUUCUGGGAGAUUUGACAUUUAUUUUUCCUAGUUAUCAAAUGCUUAACGCAAGUGCCAAAUCCAAUACUAGUGUUUAUUGGUAUCACUUUGAUGAGCCAUCAACGCUUGACCUCAAAUGGAAGGGUAUGUCAUGCCAUGGAAUUGACUUGUUGUAUCUAUUUGGAAGUAGAAGCGAUAUGAAUGAAUCUCAGGAGAACUUGGUUAGCGAUUACAUGAGCCGCUUGAUCAAUUUUGUCAACGGAGAAGAGCCAUGGGAGCCUUACACUGAAAGGAAAGCGCUGAUGGUGUUCGGUCCAGUGCUCAACGGAAAGUCCAAGGGUCAAAUGAUGGACCAGGAGCAUGAUGUAAACAGGAACUUCAAGAGGUUUGAGAAGCUAAGAGAGAUUCCAGGGAAAGUGCUUGACGAUUUUUACACUGCACUUGACUGCUUGACCAACGAGAGAGAGUUCACGAGUUAA